UAUACUCUAUACUUUAGCGCCUUUCGAUUAUAGUAAUAAUAAAGAAUUUAAGUUUGUGAUUUGUGAAGCAAUUUUCUGGCAAAGAAUUUUCACUUCCGAAAUGGCAUCAAAUGGAGUUCAGCGGAUGUAUUUGCGAGAAAUUUCUCCCAGCACUGCCAAUCAAGACAAUAUUUUUGUAGUAGCCAUUAUUAUAGCAAAACAACCGCCCCGCAUAUUCCCUGCAAAAAAUAAUGAGGCACCACGUGGCGUUUUCAAUUUCACAGUGCGAGAUUCUCCCACGCAUUACUCCAACGUUUCCGUAUGGGGCUCUGAUGCUUAUGUGAAUAUUAUAUCUUCAAGUUUCCACAUUGGAGAUGUUGUUGAUCUCAUCAAUGUCAAAUCAAUCUUCAAGAAAGCAAAUGAGAGAGAAAACCUGUUUCAGCCGAUGGUGACAUGUCAAUUCAAUCUGAUGAUCAGUGAGAGGACAUCUGAUAUGAAACUGCACAACAUCAAUGACUGCGCGCAGUUCCAACCUCUCCUGAGACUGCCGACGCAGCCCUCCAGUGAAGUCACUCUGCUCCAAGACAUUCAUUCCAACAAUGAAGUUCUACGUGGAAAGUUCGUCAAUGUACUGGUUGCUGUCCACAAUGUUUAUCCUAUUAGGCAGAUCAAGUCGAAGGAUGGUCGUGAUUUGGAAACACGAGAGGUGAUAGUGAUUGACGAGAGCUGCUCAAAGCUUUCAGUUCAACUCUGGGACGCAGACAAUGUCUACAGAGUCGAAAAUUGGAUUCCGCAUGAAACCGUACUGUUCAUAGCGCAUCUGAAGGUCGAUUGGAGUCCUUACAAAGCCACCAUGACAGGGAGUAUUGCUUCGCGAACUAUUGUCACCGAGAAUCCAUCACUAGCUGAAACACAAAGCUUGAAGAAGUUUGUACAGACAGUACCUCGCAAGACAAGGGCCUUCAUUGAUCAGCUGGCUUCAAAUUGUCCUGAUCUGAAUACCAUAACAAAUGUGAUGUCCUGUAAGUCGAUAACUAAUAAAGCGGCUGCUGGGGGAUUUGAAAAUAUGACUGCUCUGAUCUAUGCUUCGCUCCAGGACCUCGACAUUGAUGGAUUAUCUCCAAUCACUGUCACAAAAUGCAAGGGUUGUGGAAUGCAAGUGCCGGAAGACACAUUCACAUGCAAGGAUCCUGAAUGCCAGACUACUUCAGAAAGAAAGAUCAUCCCAUGCGAGACUGUGUUCAACCUGAGAGUUUCGCUGGUCGACCAUACUGGCUGUUUGCGUGAUUGCCGUCUCACCUCAAAUGCUGCACAAAAUCUACUUGGCUGUUCGGUGAUUCAAUUUGAGAGCUUACCCGAAGAAAAGAAGACUGAAUUGAAAUGGGAAUUCCUGAUGACCCAGUGCAAGGCCCGCCUUCUUAUUUUGCCGGCGAGCAGGGAAUUCGCUCGUCCCGUCAUCUCGGUAUUGAGCAUUGAAAAGGUGUCUGACUGGAGGGAGCUGACCGCCAAUCUACCAAUGUUCUAAUCAUAUCAUCAAACGUGUUCUAUUAUAUGUUCGAUUCAAUAAUCAAUGCCAAUCUACUGCAAUUGGAAGCAGUAAGAAUUGUGUGCAAUAAUAUAGUUAUCGGAGACAUAUCUUAAGUAAUAUCGAAAUAUUAGAUGUCAGAAAAAGCGACCACAAAUCAAAGAAAAAUAACUCAGAGAUUAUCUUAUCUUAGAAGAAGAAAGCCACUUAUUUGAUUAACAAGUAAGAGUUGAAAAGGAGUUUCAUUUUUUAUUUUCUCAUUGUCUUCUAGUUUUUAUAUUUCAAUUAAAGUUUCUCAUCGUCUUCUACCUUUGAAGUUUAAAAUUAUAAUCAAUUAAUCACUGCCUAAAAAAUGGUUUCUCUAGCAAUAGGCCUAUUCUCUAGCUUAGCUUACUAUUAAUCAUCAAGUAGGUAUUCAUUUAACGAAGUUUUUAAUAUUAAGUUGCAGACGCAAAUUUUAUACUCAUUAAUAUCCUUGAAUUCAACAUUUGUAAAUUUAGUUAUCGUUGUUACAAAAAUUGUUUGUAAAUAAAAUGGAAAUUUUCUAGUCGGA